AAAAAUUCAUUUUGUCUGACCUAAAUCAGAGGGUGUCUGCGCCACGGGCUUAUUACACAGUGCGCUUAAACUUGUGUUGUGGAGGAGGAUGGGGUAUUAUUAUCUUCCAGCUACCCACCCUGCUAUAAAAACUAGUGGUGCGACAUCUCCUCAGCGCCGUGCUGCUGCUGCUGCCCUCCCUCCCUUCCUCUCACUCUCUCGCUCGUCCUAUAUGAGCCACACACAACAGUGAGCCUGACUCUUAACUCCACACUAGCCACCGCGCUCCACAGACGGACCCGGGAAAUCACGCUUUCUGCUCUCCCUCGGCUCCUCUCCAUUGGAUAUUCCUCUUCAGGUGUUUUAUUUUUUAUUUUUUUUUAUGUGUUUUUGUGAAUGGGCAUCCGUGGCCGGUGUGGGGAGCCGGUGAAUGGAGUGACCGGCCGGGCCAGGCUGAUUGACAGGCAAGAGAGGCAGCUGUGAUCAGGUUUUUUUUUUCUUUUUUUUUUUCAAUUUGAAAGGGCGAUGCUGAGAGGUCAAGCGAGGAGCAACAGAGCCUCUUAGUAGUCUGGAAAUACAAAGCCACGUGACGGGAAUCACGAGAAGCUGCAGGCAAGACCACAGCCGAGAGCAGAAUGGUUCACCACAGAGAGGAGGAUCUCAUCGGGAUCCCCUUCCCAAAUCACAGCAGCGACGUCCUCUGCAGCCUCAACGAGCAGCGCCGCGACGGGCUGCUGUGCGACGUCGUCCUCAUCGUCCGCGACCACGAGUACCGAACCCACCGCUCCGUCCUGGCCGCCUGCAGCCAGUACUUCAAGAAGCUCUUCACGGUGGCCACGGCCGACGGCGGGGAUCAUCACGCCGCGGUGGCCGUGUACGAGAUCGACUUCGUGGCCCCGGAGCCCCUCACCGCCAUCCUGGAGUUCGCCUACACGUCGACUCUGACCGUGACGGCGUCUAACGUCAAAGAGAUCCUGAAGGCCGCCCAGAUGCUGGAGAUCCCCUGCAUCAUCAACGUUUGCCUGGAGAUCAUGGACAGCGGGGGUGGCGGAGGGGGGAGACCGGAGGACGGAGAGGACGGGGAGGACGCGGAGGAAGACGAGGAGGAGGAGGAGGAAGAAGAAGAGGAGGACGAAGAGGAGGACGAGGGGUCGAGGAAGGACGAGCGGGAGGACGAGCAGGAGGACGACGUCAGCGAGAGGUCGCGGCGGUCGUCGGAGAGCCGGGGGGAGAGGAGGCCCCUGGGGACGGAGGAGUCGCCGCCCCCCAGCACCUCCAUGUACCACCAGCAGCACAGAGGGUCGUCCCAGUGGUCUCCAGACACGCUGAGAGGGAAACAGGAGAGUUUGGAGAGCCGGGCUUUGAAGGACUUCUCCAUCGAGUCUCUCCUCCAGGACGGUCUCUACCCCCGCGUGUCGACGCUGGACAGGAGGGCCGACCUCUCUCCUCUCCUGCCGGGCUUCUACCCCUCCGUGUGGGCCGCCGAGUUCCCGACGUUCCCCAAGCAGUUCCUGAAUCCCGGCCACCACCAGCAUCCCCACACGGGGGCCCCGCACCAGGCCGGGUUUCACCACGCCUUCCCCGCCUCGGCCCCGCUGGACGCCUCGAGGCCCCUCGAUCUGGCCGCGAAAAGGGGGCUCAUAAAGGAGGAGGCGAAAGACGAAAUACCGCUGAGCCUGCUCAACGGCGACUUCCUGAAGGAGUUCGUCAGCUCGGGCCUGGGCGGCGCCAUGAACACGGGGUCAGGGCCCUCGGAGGGUCACGCUCUGGGUCCCAUAAAGGACGAGGCCGACUUCCGGUCGUACCUGAGCUUCCUGAGCUCCGCGUCCCACCUGGGGGCGCUGUUCCCUCCCUGGCAGCUGGAGGAGGAGAGGAAGAUGAAGCCCAAGGCGUCGCAGCAGUGUCCCAUCUGCAACAAGGUGAUCCAGGGAGCCGGGAAACUGCCGCGACACAUGAGGACGCACACGGGCGAGAAGCCGUACAUGUGCACCAUCUGUGAAGUUCGGUUCACCAGACAAGACAAACUCAAGAUCCACAUGAGGAAGCACACCGGCGAGCGGCCCUACAUCUGCCUCCACUGCAACUCCAAGUUCGUCCACAACUACGACCUCAAGAACCACCUGCGCAUCCACACGGGCGUCCGCCCGUACCAGUGCGAGCACUGCUACAAGAGCUUCACGCGGUCCGACCACCUGCACCGACACAUCAAGAGGCAGAGCUGCCGCAUCUCCCGCCCCCGCAGGGGGAGGAAGCCGGCGGCGUGGCGGUCCGCAGGCGCCGGCAACUUCCUCUGCCCGCCUGCCGUCGCCGCCGGCAACCGGUUCGAGGAGAACGGGUUGAGCCCGGCGUACCAGGGGGUCAAGGGUCACGGACUCGGGGAGAUGCUGGGCAACAGGGGCCUGGGUUUGAAGGGCGGGGAGCGGCGGGAGGAGCGCAAGCGCCUGGCGGAGGAGGGGAAGGCGGCAGCAGGGAGGCAGAGGGGAGUGUUCGCCUUCGCCCUGGCGGGAGAAGAAGUGCUCGGCCACUCUCCGUUUUACGCUGCGACCUCUGACCCCUGGACCAUGAGGCUGGAGCGCGCUCCGCCCAUCCCCGAGCCGGCGAAAUGAACCGCGGCCUGUGGCAGAGAGAAAAAUACAAAAAGACGAGAACCGCUGUCCGUUCUGCUCCGGGACGCUGAAGCACCUUUUUAAGAAGCGAGAUCGAUGAACCUUUUGAAGCCUGCUGAGUCACAGCAGUAAAACAGACUCGUUGUUUUUAUUUGUGAUGGUCAACGCGGUCUAAUUAAAUCAGUUAAAAGAUGUCAAGUUAGAUAAUUGUUUACAGAUAUUUUGAUAGCAUUUAACAGGAGGCGAACAGUUUGAGACGGCUAUUGAGGAACACAUAUCGGAAUGCUGUCAUAUCAUAUAAAUAUAUAUUUGCUUUAUUUAUCUACGAUGUUUCCAGCCAACUCAAUUCUACAAUGUCCUCUGAAGCAAGACGGGAUGAGGCUUUUAUACUGGAAAGUAUUCAUAUGCAGUAAAAUAUAAGAAUCAGAGCAGGACAAAGUGCAAUUCUUAGCGUGCUGUAUGAUGAAUGUGAAAUAAAAGAUUACAUGUAAAAAGAAAAUAGUCAAACAUGCGUCGUUUGAAGAAGGUCGAUUGCAGUCCAAUUUAAAGGGGAAGUGAGGUUAACACAAACAAAUAUAAUACAAUUUAAAUAAAUAUAUAUAAGCUUUCAUCUAAACAAAUUACAGCAAGUUUUAUUUGAAUAGUUGUGUUUUAAAACCAAAAAACAUUAAAAUGUUUUAUUUGAGUCUGGCACAUGCCCUGCGGGUUGUUCGACCCUGACAUUGUUAUUUAAUGAUAUUCCAAAAUAAAGGGAACCCACUUGAAGUGUAAUAAAUCAGGACAUUUGAUAAUGUGUAAUUAGCCUUUCACUGCCUUGUUCUGAUUUUAGCUCCUCGCCUGCACUACUGUACAUAGACACAACCCCUUUGGCCAUGGUGUUGUUAAUUACGGUUGCGUUGCUGAUGUAAAAAAAUAUUUGUAUAUAUAUAUUGAUCCUCAAAGGCAUCCAUCCAAAGAUGUGUACUUUGAUAUUUCACAGACUUGAAUACGACUUUGUUAUAAUGUUUAUGAAUACGUGUCUUCGGAGGAUGUACAUUUCUGACUAAUCAAACGUCGCUUUAGCUGAACAGUAUGCUCGUGUUUUCUCUGCUGGGUUAAGCCCUGUUGAUUUUCAUGUAACGUUCAUCUCUGAUUUGUGUAUAAAGAAGUAAAGAAUGAUUUGAAUUGAAAUGGGAAAGUAUUUUCUUGCUAUUUAUGCAUAUUUAAAUGAAUGAGCCGUGGCUAUAUUUUGCAAAUCUGUUUUAUAAAGACACUAAAUGUUGAACUUUG